GGUGGCGGUGGCGGUGGCGCAGGGGCACCGCGUUCCUGCGGGGGGCGCUCGGGGCAGGCCCGCGCCGCGCCUGCAGCUCCGGGCCGCCGGUGCGGACUCCCGCCGCCGCGGCUCAGGAAUUGCAAAGCUCAGGAAGAAGACGCUUUCUACUGGAACAUGCUGCUCCCUUCUCUGCUUUUUUGACAGACAGCUUUGGGCGUCAGCACAACUACUUGCGAAUUUCUUUGACUGAGAAAUGCAACCUCAGGUGUCAGUAUUGUAUGCCAGAGGAAGGUGUUCAGCUGACCCCUAAAUCAGACCUACUCACUACUCAGGAGAUAAUCACUCUGGCCAAACUGUUUGUGAAAGAAGGUGUAGAAAAGAUCCGACUGACAGGAGGAGAGCCACUUAUCCGUCCUGAUGUGGUUGAUAUUGUGGGUCAACUGCACAAGUUAGAAGGUCUGAAAACCAUUGCUGUCACAACCAACGGGAUGAACUUAACCAGAUUGCUGCCCCGACUGAAAGAGGCAGGACUGAAUGCCAUUAACAUUAGCCUGGAUACCUUGGUCCCAGCUAAAUUUGAGUUCAUUGUCCGGAGAAAAGGCUUUCACAAAGUAAUGGAAGGAAUCCACAAAGCCACUGAACUUGGCUACCAUCCUGUUAAGGUAAACUGUGUCGUGAUGCGAGGCUUCAAUGAAGAUGAACUGCUGGGCUUUGUGGAUUUCACAAAGGAUCUGCCCCUUGAUGUGCGGUUCAUAGAAUACAUGCCCUUUGAUGGCAAUAAAUGGAACUUCAAGAAGAUGGUGAGCUACAAAGAAAUGCUUGAUACAAUUAAACAGCAGUGGCCUGAAUUGGAGAAAUUGUCCUGUGAAACUUCCAGCACAGCCAAGAGUUAUAAAGUGCCACAUUUCCAGGGCCAAAUCAGCUUUAUCACCUCCAUGUCAGAGCACUUCUGCGGAUCCUGCAGUCGGCUGAGGAUAACAGCAGAUGGGAACCUAAAAGUGUGCCUUUUUGGGAAUUCAGAAGUGUCCUUGAGAGAUCACUUACGGUCAGGUGCCUCAGAUGAAGAGUUGGUUCAAGUCAUUGGAGCAGCAGUGGGCAGGAAGAAGAAACAGCACGCUGGCAUGUUUAACAUUUCCCAGAUGAAAAACCGGCCAAUGAUCCUGAUUGAGCCUGCAUUGGUGCUGUUCCCACUAUGCCAAGAUGCCCUACAGAAUUCCCCAAAUUCAAAACAGGGGGGUCACACAUUCAUCCAUUGGCUGACUUUGAGAGCAAGAUUCCCCAAACAAAUGAGAAAAACAUUAAUGGAAAACAAGCUUACAGGACAACUCUACUUGCCAAGAUCUUGCCCAGAGCAACAGUGGCAUAUAACAACAGGAAUUCUACAACCACAUCUUAGAGGUCCCUGUGUCUUCCAGAAGGACCCAAGCUCCACAUUUGACCCAAAGUGCCUUGAUGCUUCUCCUGUAAGCCAAGUUUCAGUGGACUACCAGUCCAAAGGGGCAAGUCCAGGAUCAGAAUUGGGCACUAUGGUAUCUCGUGCCUCUGACAGCUUAACUCACACUGAUGAAGAAGGACGGGCCAAAAUGGUUGAUGUUGGAGGAAAAUCAGAUUCAAGAAGAAGUGCUGUUGCUGUUGCUGUGGUCCGCCUGGGUGAGAAGGCAUUUGGGAUGGUAAGGCAGAACCAGGUGAAGAAGGGGAACGUGCUGGCAGUCGCCCAGGUUGCAGGAAUUCAGGGAGCCAAGCUGACGAGCCAGUUGAUCCCGUUGUGUCACAACAUCCCCCUCAACCAUGUGGAGGUGUCUCUGAGCCUGGAUGAGGACAGAUAUGCAGUGGUGAUUCGCAGUGCCUGUCAGACCUGGGGGAGGACAGGAGUGGAGAUGGAAGCUCUAACAGCUGUCAGCCUGGCUGCCCUAACUGUGUAUGAUAUGUGCAAAGCAGUUAGUCGUGACAUUGUGAUUGAAGAGGUGAGGUUGCUUAGUAAGACAGGUGGCCAGAGGGGAGACUUCUCAAGAGUUUAGAUCAUACCCAGACACCUCAAUGUGACUACUGCUCAUGUUUGGCCUUUUACAGAACUACCUUUGCUUAGCUGGUAGGCUUGGAGACCUCAGCAGGUGUACCCUACAGCAACCCAAAAACUCGAGUUUGCCUUACACUGUCAGCUCA